GCAGUGUCAACUGUCAAUGUGAAUUUUAAUUAGAAAAAUUAGGAUUUCUGAUUUUCCUGCUUUUCCUAGAGAAAUUAAACGUUUCAGUAGUCUUUUAACUAAAUUAAGAACUAAACAAAAUUUAUUGUAUUAUAUAAUAUAAUGGGCAGCAAAGGGGCAGUAGCAUUUGUUAAGGAUUUUUAUAGCGACCCCUUCAAAUGGUCAGUUGUGAAGAGCGUAGGUUUCUUUGCUGUUGGAGUUUUAAUAGCCAGUGAGUGUACAGGUCUGGAACUAAUGCCUGCCGUACCACAAUAAGUUUAACCUUUAUAGUUUGUUAGCAAAAUGUUAAGUUAUAUUUCAUUCUCACUACUACUCCUGCACACUGCAAGGUGUCAGGAAACAAAGCCUAACUUUGUUAUUAUUCUUACCGAUGAUCAGGAUGUCACUCUAGGAGGAAUGACCCCUAUGAAGAAUGUGCAACGAUUCAUUGAGAGAGAAGGCACAAGUUUCACAAAUUCUUAUGUAGUAUCGCCGAUCUGUUGCCCGAGCCGCGCCAGCUUGCUGACCGGGCUGCAUGUGCAUAACCAUCUGACGUGGAACAACAGUAUCGGUGGCGGGUGUUACGGCAGAUACUGGAAACGUCUGGAAUCGCGUACGUUCGCUAACACGUUGAAAAGCGUGGGGUAUAACACGUUCUAUGCUGGGAAGUAUUUGAACAAUUAUGGCGCUAAGGACGCUGGGGGUCCCGAAAUAGUGCCUCCUGGAUGGAGUGAAUGGCACGGCCUUGUUGGGAACUCAGUUUAUUACAACUAUACUAUAUCCAAUAAUGGUGUGCCUACACACUCCACCAACUUAUAUCUCACGGAUAUUAUCCGUGAUCUAAGCGUAUCUUACAUAGAGAACCAGACGGAAUCUCAGCCGUUCCUAAUGGUGCUAGCCCCGCCCGCCCCGCACCAACCUUUCACCCCAGCGCCUCGACACAGGGACGCAUACAUCAAUAUUACCGCUGUCAAACAUCCUAACUUUAAUGUAGCCUCUAUGGACAAGCAUUGGCUACUCAGAAUGCCGCCCUCCCCCCUACCAGAGACAAUGUUGCCAGAAUUAGACAGAGUGUACCGUUCCCGAUGGGAGAGUCUGUUGUCUGUGGACGAAAUGGUGGCGGACGUUGUUGAAACGCUCGAUAGCAACAACUUGUUGGAUAAUACAUAUUUGAUUUAUACAUCGGAUAAUGGAUAUCAUAUUGGUCAAUUUGCCCAAGUAUAUGACAAGAGACAGCCCUACGAAGCCGAUAUAAAAGUACCUCUAAUUAUACGGGGGCCGAACAUUGAGAAAAACUUCAUUGACAACCAACCCAUACUUAACAUAGAUCUUGCUCCAACUAUCCUAGAAUUAGCAGGAUUAACCGCGCCAAAGUCUAUGGACGGAAAACCAAUCAAGUUUAAUAAUGGCAAAGAUAUAGAAAGAUACAUGCUCGUUGAAUACUAUGGGGAAGGGAGAGAUGGUACCGUUGAUCCGGAGUGCCCGUGGAUAUAUGAUAAAGAUAAUUUAGCUCAAUGCUAUCCCCUCUACGAUUGCAAAUGCCAAGAUUCCAAAAACAAUACGUAUGCGUGUUUGAGACACAUUUCCAAGAGAAUCGAUAUGAAAUACUGCGCAUUUGCUGAUGAACAGAAUUUUAAAGAAAUGUACGAUCUCAGUACAGAUCCGUACGAACUCAAGAAUAUCAUAGAUGAAGUGCUGCCAUCUAUGCGACAUUGGUACGCACUCACUCUUACCCAAAUGCUUUCCUGCAAGGGAGCUGAUAAUUGCGAUAAUCCACUCGAAAAACCUAAACUUUAUUCAAUAUUUUAAAAGGUUAAUUGUACCAGUAGAAAAUGUGUAGAUGUUCAAAAUGUAUACGUUAUAAGCUGAAUAAAAAUUAUUGAAGUAUGUU